UGCGUCAUCGGGCUUUUGGCAAAUAAAGUUGUCUGAGGCAAGUUCGCACAUUUGUACCAUGAGCACCCCUUAUGGCAGAUACAGGUUUCUGCGCAUGCCGUUCGGAAUUUCCACAGCCCCAGAAGUAUUCCAGCGCGCAAUGCACGGUGUCCUAGAAGGCCUAAAGAACGUAGCAGUCGUCAUGGACGACAUUUUAGUUUGGGGAACCACGAUACAAGAACAUGACGCGAACCUAAAAAACUUACUGGAACGCUGCGAGAGACACGAUCUCAAGUUGAACCUAAAAAAGUGUCAUUUUCUGCAGGACCAAGUACGGUACCUAGGUCACAUUUUGACGACUGAAGGUCUGAGCCUAGACCCAGAACGAGUCGAGGACAUCCUUGCUGUUCCGGAGCCCAGAGACCUUUCAGAUGCACGGCUCCACGACAUCCUCCAGGCGACAGAAAACGACGCGGCUUUCAUCCAGCUCCGAGAGUAUGCAUCAGCAUCCUGGCCAGCUGAGAAACGAGACGUCCCGGAGGAACUUCGAACGUACUGGAACUACAGAGACGAGAUGCACGUGGAAGAUGGGCUGGUCUUCAGGAGUAACAAAGUGGUAAUUCCAAAAGCCAAGAGGACGGAGAUUUUGAAACUUUUGCAUGCCGCACACGGGGGUGAAGCAAAAAUGAAGAUGCGCGCCCGAGAAGUGAUGUAUUGGCCGACCAUGUCAUGCGACAUUGAAGCUCUUGCAAAGUCAUGUGGGGUCUGCACGAAGCAUAAGCCCAGAAACGCAAGAUUACCAUUACUGAGCCAUGAACUACCCAACCUACCAUGGCAGCUGGUGGGGCUAGACUUGUUCUACCACAACAAUCGGACUUUUUUGAUAAUUGUUGACUUCUACUCUUUCUUUUUCGAGAUCAAGGAACUGCGACAGUCCACGGCAUCUUCAGUGGUAUCCGCCUGUGCAGAAGUCUUCGCUACUCAUGGGAUACCAGCCAAGUUGUGCAGUGACAAUGGGCCCCCCUUCAAUAGUUACAACUUCAAGGACUUUGUGAGUAAGUUUCGAAUCAUUCACGUCACGUCAAGCCCUCACCACCCUCGCUCCAACGGAAUGGCUGAGCGAGCCGUACAAGAGGCAAAGAAACUGCUAACGAGGUGCUCCUACGAUACCCUCGACUUCUGCAGCGCCCUCCUGGAAUGGCGCAACAGCCCAAGGGAUAACCUGCUCAAGUCACCAGUACAGAGGCUAAUGGGUCGUCAGACACGCACACUGCUUCCGGUUCCCGACUGCUGCCUGGAACCAGCCAUCGUACCGCCCAAAGAGGUGCACAAACGACUACAAGAGAUCCGCAGCAAGCAGCGGACCUUCUACAACAGAACAAAGGCCCUUCCGGAACUACAAGAUGGUCAGCAAGUGUCUGCAUUUGACACCAUUUCACACACGUGGUCUCCGGCAGUCGUCAUGAGGCGUGCGGGGCCUCCGCGCUCCUUUGUGAUCGAAACUGGUGACGGACGUGUGCUACGCAGAACGAGAGAGCACCUGCGCGUGCUGCCGCCUCGGCAACAGCAACUUGUCACCACUGCGGCUGCUGAAUCCACUGGCCGCCAGGUGAGGGAAGAACCCUCAACUGGAGCCCCACCAUCACAAGACCCUCCGACCCAGGAGCUCAGGAGGAGUUCAAGACAACGGCGGAGCCCCGUCAGAUACCCAAGACCAGAACUUUAAGCGUGAUCCUGCAAGCGUACUAUUUUCUAUUCCUUAAUUUUUUGUAUAUUGUUUUUCUCUUGGUUGUUUUGUUUUGUUUGAAAGAGGGAAGAUGUAGCGCAGCGUCACUAGCUGAUACCAGAUCAGCCUUGUCAUCGUCAGCCUUGUCAUCGGCACAGCAGCUGCGCCACUAGGGCAUACUGUAUAU